GUGAGUAUAAUGAUCCGGGAAGCUCCAUGGUGAGCCGUUCCCUGGUCUGCCAGCGCGCCGGGCUUUGGGCUCGCUUUCCUUGAGUAUACCGAUACCGGUCCGAAAAUUCGUAUUUGUUGUGAGCCGUGCCCGGGUUUACACGGGUUGCAGGCACCUAGGCAUGCCUCUUUCCGUGUGAGUAUAGUGAGACAGGAUGUCUCCGUGGUGAGCCGUGCCCGGUCUGCCUGGGCUCCUUGCUCAGGUCUAGGCUCCCUUCGGUUUACUCUACCGACAUGGAUGCCAGAAAUGGUAUUGUAGUGAGCCGGCCCCUGUUCUCUCGGGCUCUUGACUCUGGCCAAUAUUUCCUAUGGGGUUAGUAAUCCGAAACGGAUCUCGAGAGGCAAAUCGUAUUUGUGGUUAAUCGUGCCCGCGGUUGUGUUUGCGGUUAGCAUGUCUAGAAAGGAAGUAUCACUUCUCACCACCGUAAGCCCGACAUAUAAAUAUCACCGGGCAGCGCACCAGAGAGUUCACUUCUGCUCUCUGCCUGCCUGCCGGAUUCCCCGUCCUGUCCAGUUCGCCGUCGGCCUCCCUGCAGCUGCCUGCGACUCGGAAGCGGCUCCGCACGGCGAGCAGCAGCGGUGUUGGCCGAGAGCAGCUAGGAGUGAGCGGUUGUGCCUGGAAGACCCCGAUCUACGGCUGCCCUCCUGUCUGCGCUGAAUGAACCUGCAGCUCCAUGCAAUAUUCCUGUGACAGCAGAUUCCUUCCAGAGCAGCAUUUCCUCGGGCCGUCCUGGAAGCUGCAGAAGUCUUGGGUGUGCAGCUGAUCAGCCACUCUUCCUCCUUGUGCCGCGAAGAGGGGACGGCUUCUUGCACUGCUCAGUCAUGGUGCUUCGGGAAUUCAUCAAGCUCCUUCUUUGCGUUCUGCUCUCUCUUCCCCUUGCGGCACAUGCAGACACUCACAGUCUGAGCUAUAACUUCAGCAUCACUGCUCAGCCCAAGCCUCAACAGCCAUGGCGUGAAAUUCAAGGGCAAAUGGAUCAGAUGGUGUUUCUCUCCUUUUGCUGUGGUGGUGAGGUGAACCCUGUGGGAACCCUGGGAAGGAAGCUCAACAGCACAAAGACCUGGGAGCCACAGAUUGAAAUGCUGAAAGAUGUUACUGAGGAACUUCGGAACAAGCUGCUGGACCCUAAGCCAGAGAUCUUCCCAACCAGCGAUGUCCCCACCCUGCAGGGCAUGAUGCGCUGUGAAAACGAAGCCAGUGGGAAAACACACAUGUCCUGGCAGUUUGGCUUCAAUGGACAGAUAAACCUGCUCUUCAGCUCAGACAACAGAACGUGGACAGAGCUUCAUCCUGGAGCCACAUGGCUGAAGACAGCCUUGGAGAAUGAUGAGCACAUGACCACGUUGUUGCAGAAAGUCUCAGCAGGAGACUGUCAGAAGUGGCUUUUGGGUUUCUUGCCAUCCAGGAAGGAAAUGCUGGGGACCACAGCACCAUCAACCAUGACCCCAAAAGCAGUCCAAUCCAAGGACAUGGCCAUGACCAUCAAUGGCAGCACCUGGGCCCUUCUCUUCCUUCUCCUUGUCUGCUGCAUCCUAACUGCCUGGAAGACCAAUUUAUUGCACAAGUGCAAAAAGAGAGUAAAUGUGAGGAGAAGAGUGAUUGCAAAGGAAAGCUCUCAAGAAACUGCACAGCAGCCUUGCCUGACUGGCCCACACCCAUUGCAGCUCCCACUUUUGGUGCUAAAGCCUGGGACAAAAGUUGCAGGGAAUUUGGCGUGAAACUUGGCAGCAACUGAAGAACAUACAGUUCAAAAAUCUGUUAUUUUAAAAGGUGGUAGAGUUCUAGUUCAUACGAUAUUACGAUAUUAUUA